GUCAGGGCCCUCGGGGCAGCCCAGGGCAUGGCCCAGAGCAUGGUCUACGCUGACCUGAAAUUUGCUGCGUCCCCACCGGUCACUGCCCCCACCUGCCCCGCAGCCCGCGAUGAGGAUGACAGCCCCUAUGAGAACGUGCCGCUGGGGCCAGUGCCCACAGCGCCCAGCCCAGGGCGCUGGCCCCGGCGUUGGCGCAUCCCCGCGUGGCUGCUGGCAGCCAGCCUGCUGCUGCUGCUGGUGGCCACCGUGGCCCUGGGGGCUUGCUACUGGCAGGUCACCCGCAGGCUGCAGGACACGUCCCGUGAGCACGCGGCCGAGCAGGGCCGCCUCUCGCAGGAGGUGAGCAUGCGGGAGCAGAGCCUGGAGCAGACGCGUCUGGAGCUGGCGUGGGCCAGAGCGGAGCUGCAGCGAGCGUGGCGGGAGGGCAACAGCAGCCGGCUGGAGCUGGGGAGCCUGAACGCCGAGCUGGGGCGCGCCAGGCAGGAGCUGGCUGGGCUGCAGGAGGAGAUGUGGGAGGUGCAGGGGCAGCUGAAGGCCAGCCAGAGCACCGUGAGCAGCCUGCGUGCCUGCGUGAAUACAGACUGCUGCCCCUUGGGCUGGGUGCUCUACAGGAGCAAGUGCCUCUUCAUCUCGGUGGAGAAGAAGACCUGGAAGGAGAGCGAUGAUGACUGCAGAAGUAAAUCUGCUCAGCUGCUGGUCCAAGGCGACUGGCCGUCGUGGACGGUGCCGCAUUUUGCGCAGGCAUUUGGUGCCGCAUACUGGGUUGGAGCACAAUUUUCUUCUGACGCAAAGAGGACUGUUGUAUGGCAGGACAGCACGCGAUAUGCCCUCUUUCCUAGGUACGACUACUUUGCAGACUGUGGGCUAUUAGUUAACAGGAAAAUAGAGAGUUCAAAAUGCAGGAGAAAGUACCAGUGGAUCUGCAAGCAGCCCCUGAAGCUGAGCAGCACAUCUGAGACCCUCCUUCCUCUCUUGGGCGAGGAGUGACUGCACGGCCACCCCGCUCCAUCUCAGGACUCAAGGACAGGAGCAGGGGGCACACCCUGAGACCCUCUCCCCUGUGCAUGCAUCGCAUCAACCACAUUGCAAAGCUCUGGGAAAGGGUGUGUGUAUUUUAAAGCAAGGCUCAUGGAAAACAGACCUUAUCCCCCUCUCUCACACUCACGCAUAUGCUUAUACCUUGCACCGGCCCUCAGUGUGUCCCUAUGUGCCCCAGCCAGCACAGCUCACAGUGACCCAGGACUCUGGUGCAGAGCCCAGCUCCCGCCUGCUGUGCUCCCCCAAGGCUGCCGAUGGUGUGCUGGUUCAGGACGUGCCAUUUGCAUCGUUCUGGAGCUGGAGGAUAAAGUCACCAUUGGUGUUCCUGACCUGUCCUCUUCAUGGAGUCCUGUGGAUUUACUGCCUGUCCCUUUCCUCAGCAUCAACAGCUCCCAUCCUGCCCUUUCUUCUGCCUCCAUCACGUGCCCAGGGCUUUGGGCUGGGCCUUGCCUGGGGAGGGUGCAGGCAACAAUGCCAUCAGCAUGAGACACUGCUGGGGAAGCCCUGAGACCACGUGGGAGAUGCGGGAGCGCUGGGGAGCCCUGAGACUGUGGCAGAUGCAGGAAUCAUCCAACAUCAGCAGGCUCCCAUCACCUGGUUUCUCCAGGCCCCUCUGAACACCAGUCCUGCCCUCCAGUAUACCCACUACUGCCCAGUUUGGUAUUGCCCCCCAUCCCAUCAUCCAGGGCACCAGUGAAGGCUUCAAGGAGCACCACCCCGCAGGGAUGUCAUCAGCUUGA